AUGACUUCCCACCAGCCGAAGGUUGGCCCACGGCUGAAAAUCAGCGUGCCAAACUUCAAGCGUACGGAUUUUUCUGGCGAGAUCGAGAAGCUUGGAGGGCUCCAUUCUGGCAGCAGCCGCAAGAUCCGUUCUGUUCCGCGAAGUGACCCUGACCCAUCGGCGAACAGGUUGAAGGCCUCUGCCGGGUUUCUCAGUGCGAGGGCACAGGAAGGCUACCCGGACCGAGCGCCUGAGGCGGGUGCCGGCGACUUCAAUGCGUGGCUUCGCUCCCUGGCCCCUCCAAAGGAGCAAACCAGCCCUAGUGGAGCGGAUGGAAGAGAGUUCCUUCCGCCGAAGGAUGAAGAAGAUGCGACUGCAGGUCUUCCGCUGGAGGCUUUUGACAGUCCGAUGGACUUCGAGGUCCACACGCCCGAGGAGUGGCUUGCACUCUGCAAACAGGGCCCGACCGCAGGGAAGCCUCAGGCCGCUGUCCUGCACUAUGCAGCACAGGAAUGGCGAAUGUUGCCCUGUUGGGUCUUGGGUUAUGAGGCAGCUUCCUCCCGGUACAUCGUUGAGCUGGAGGAUGGAUCUCGCAAGCAGGUGAAGAGACUUGCGCUGCGCUUCAACGAGGAAGAUGCGCAGAAUUUCGCAUUGCGGGUCGAGACUUGCCGAGCGAAAAAGGCGCACUGCGAACUGCAGCAGGCUUUCAUCCGGUUUAUUGAGUCCCAGCCGGACGAGCUCGUCUCUUCUAUGUUGCGCGACCAGAAGGAGCGCUUCAUCCGACAAGGUCUUCAUGGAAGUCACCUUGAGGAUGCUGGCAGCUUUGUGAGCCAGAUUCGUGAUCUCAUCAGAGAGAUCGAAGAGAACUACGUCCUCUCGAUGAAGUUUGCGAAGGUGAAGAACGAUCUAAUCCUGGAGAUGGGCACUCCGUAUGCCUGUGUCCGGGAUGACACGCCCUUCGCACCCUUGCUAACGAGCUUCCUGCCUACCGAGCCGCCUCAGUUUGGUCUGGUGGCCCACCAGGCCGCUGAGGAGCGAGUCCUGGAGAUCGCGGCGCAGCUCGUCAAGCAGCCGACGAUUUCCAGAAAUGUAAAUGUCGCCAGCUCAGGGGCCUUGACCCGCAGACGUUCCGUUUGCGCAGAUCGAAGCAAGUGUGGUCGGGACCUCGUUAAGCUCUGCUCCUGCAUAGAUUGCCUGAAGCGCCUGUGCGUCCUUGGGACUUCCUUUCCGAGCCAUGGGGUUGUGAUCCUGGUGCUUACCAUCGGCCUAUUUGGCACUUUGACGUUGGUACCGGAAUUGGUGGCUUCAGGAAUGCUCGCAUAUUCGUUUGGGCUUCGACAUGCGUUUGACGUGGAUCAUAUCGCUGCAAUAGACAACAUCACACGAAAGCUGACGGUCAAGAAGAGUAGCCCGCACACGGUGGGAAUGUUCUUUGCCCUUGGGCAUUCUCUGGUGGUUUUGCUCGCCUGCUGCGGCAUCUUGUUGACGAAGAGCUUCAUGAAAAAUAUGCUGAGCACCUUCCACGCAUAUGGCAGCGUGUUUGGCCUGGCAAUUUCUUCAACUUUCCUGCUGGCCCUCGGGAUCCUCAACUUGUACACGGCUCGGCAGCUUUGGAUGGAAUGGAAGGGUCGAGGUGGCGACCACGGCCAUGAUGCAACUAUGGGCUUGUGGUUGAGAUGUUGUCCACGGCUGUUCCAGGCGAUUUCUAAACCGUGGCACAUGUUGAUUGUCGGAUUCUUAUUCGGACUAGGCUUUGACACUUCCACGGAGGUGGGGCUUUUGGGCGUGGUAGCCGUGUCACAUGGCCUCGCUGCGCCCGUCUGCAUCUUGCUUCUGCCCUUGCUCUUCAUGUCUGGAAUGUGUCUCCUUGACACUCUGAAUGGCUUGAUGAUGGCAUGGAUCUAUCGCACAUCUGCAGAGGAUGACAAGAAGAAGAUCUACUUCAAUUUGUUCGUCACCGUGACCUCAGGCUUGGUAGCUAUUCUCGUUGGGCUGAUCGAGAUGCUGGGUUUUUUGGCUGAAAGGGCAAACCUGCAAAGCUGGUUCUUCCGGUGGAUCCAAUCUGCAAAUGAUCACUCUGAGCUUCUCGGAGCAGGUGUCGUGUUGAUAUUCUUGGUGGCCAUGGCAAUUGCAUUGUUCUGUUUCAGGAGGGUGUUCGGCCAAAGGGUGAUCUCUUUCUCCAAGCAAGACAGAUGUCUCUUGCUCAUUGCCGACAAAAAGGAUGCCUUGGCAGAGAUGUCUUGGCUUCCCGAUGCAGGGUUUCGUGACUAUCUCUGUAUGCGAAAAGCACAGGUUACCACAUGGCUGAAGGAGAAUGGCGCGACUUGCAAGCAGGUGCUUCGCUUGCUUCUGGGAACCUGGAUGGCGCUGUGUGGUGGCAGCCUCUAUGCCUUCUCCAGGUUCGAGGUGCAGAUCAUGACCAGAUGUAGUCUGACGGCGCAGCAGCUGGACGUCGUCUAUGCGGCCGGUCAGGCCGGUGUGGGCUUGGGCAUCGUUCCGGGCACCCUCUUCGAUCUGUAUGGCCCGGUGGGGACAAGCCUUUAUGGUGCAGCCUUCACAGCCGCUGGGAACCUUGGCCUCGCCAGCAUGCUCAGUGGCGAUCAAUGUGGAGGAGUCUCUUCCUUGGCCACGUGGUACUUCCUGGUGCAGCAGGGCUCCGUGGCAAUUUUUCAAGCCGGCCUCUUCACGAACAUCGUGGAAGCCCCGCCAAAGAUGCAGGGCAUUAUCACCGGCAUCGUUUCUUCUGGCUACGGCCUCUCUGCUGCCUUCGUCACUCUCAUCUUCGCUUUCUUCCAGGAGGACUUGGAUGCCUACUUCAAGGGAACUGCAUUGCUUUUUUCCGCGACUGGCCUGGUGGCAGCUUGCACUAUGCCGUUGCUUCGUGGUGGGUCUCGUGCAACAGCCUAUGGUCGCUUAGAACACAAGGACGAGGCAGGGGGACGCUCACCACCACCAGCAACAACGUAUGGGCGCCAAGAGCAAGAGGAGCUUCCGGAAGGCGCUCCUGUUCCUGCAUCUUCUUCACCAUCCCUGAGCCGCUGCGAUAUCUUGUGCCGAGCUGAUUUCUGGCUGUUUCUGCUGCCGUUUGUCCUGGUCCAAAGCAUUGGCUCUGGCCUCUACAUCGCCAACCUCUCGCUGAUCGGGGACUCGCUGGGUAUCUCACCAGACAGUCGGCCAGUUUACGUUCGCACCGUGUCGUACUGCAACUCUCUGGGCCGCAUCUUCAGUGGUCUGGCUAUGGACACGUUGGAGCCACGAGGCAUCCAUCGCUCGGACCAUCUCCUCCUGAGUGCUUUUGCGGUGAUUCUGGCCUCUGUUGCUCUCUUCCUACUGCCAGAGGAGGUUGUCCCUGCAAUGCUUCUGCCGGCAUUGGCAGUGAUUGCUGCGGCAUACGGCUCCAAUUGGGCAAUCAUGCCGUCAUACAUAUCCAAGCGGUUUUACGGUUCGCACGUUGGUGUGAUGUUUAACAUCCACAGUGGCCACAUCGCGGUGGCCGUGCUGCUGACAUCCUACGCGGUGGGAGGUCUCUACGAUACUCAGGCCGAGCUGCAGGGCGAAGGCAGCUUUUGCCACGGUACCACGUGCUGGCGUCCGGCGUUUGCCAUGGGCUUGAUCGUACAGGCCGUUGCACUGGCAGUUGCCCUGCUCCUCAUGUGGAAGGUUCGUCGUCCGCAGAUCUCCGAGUCCAAAGCCGCUUCUGAGAAGACCUGCCACGAGAAGUGA